AUGCAUGAUCUGUGGGAAAGAUGUAAUGCAAUUGGUCUUGGUCUGAUCAUGAAUUCUGCGUCUAAGGACUUAGUUAGCACUGUAAUCUACGGGUCAGAUGCUUACAGUGUUUGGGAAGAUCUGCGUGAAAGGUUUGAUAAGAUUAAUGCCUCUAGAUACUUUUAUCAGCACAAAGAGAUUGUUACUCUGUGCCAAGGGACUAUGUCUAUAUCUAGCUAUUUCUCUCGGUUAAGAGAGCUAUGGGAUUUCCUAAUGGGAUUAAAUGAGUCUUAUGCACAUACUAAGUCUCAAGUGUUAAUGACAGUUCCGGUGCCAAAUGUGAAUCAGGCUUAUGCAAUGAUAUUGAAUGUGGAAAGUCAAAGACUAAAUGGUGGUGGCAUGGGUUCUUCCUCUAAUGACACAUCAUCAGAAACUGCUCUUAUGAGCAAUAGAAUGCAAUCUUAUGCUGGUAGUAAUAAUGGCCACUCAACUGGACUAGGAAGUAGUUAG